CCUGCCUGGUGCAGCGGGAGCGAGUUCCGGGCGGCUCCGCUGGGCCUGGGCGGAGGGUUCCGGGCGCUGGAGCGGACUCGGAGCAGCGACGAUGAAGAAGGAGCAGGUUGUGCACUGCCAGUUCUCGGCGUGGUACCCGCGCUUCCGGGCCCUCACCAUCCGCAGUGCUAUACUUCCACUGCCACAGAAUGUGAAGGAUUAUUUGCUGGAUGAUGGAACUCUGGUAGUUUCAGGAAGGGAUGAUCCCCCAACAUGUUCUCAGGAAGACAGUGAUGAUGAUCAGGCAGAGGAAAUACAGUGGUCAGAUGAUGAGAAUACCACAACACUUACGGCACCAGAAUUCCCUGAGUUUGCACUUAAAGUUCAAGAAGCUAUCACUUCCCUGGGGGGCAGCAUCUUCCCGAAGCUCAACUGGAGUGCUCCAAGGGAUGCCUAUUGGAUAGCAAUGAAUAGUUCUCUGAAAUGUAAAACCCUCAGUGACAUCUUCCUCCUCUUCAAGAGUUCAGACUUCAUUACUCGUGACUUCACUCAGCCAUUUAUUCACUGUACUGAUGAUACCCCUGAUCCUUGCUUGGAAUAUGAGCUUGUGCUUCGAAAAUGGUGUGAAUUAAUUCCUGGGGCAGAAUUCAGAUGCUUUGUGAAAGAAAACAAACUUAUAGGUAUAUCCCAGAGAGACUACACUCAAUACUAUGAGCAUAUCUCUAAACAAAAUGACGAGAUCUGUAGAUGUAUACAGGAGUUCUUCAAGAAACAUAUUCAAUAUAAAUUCUUGGAUGAAGACUUUGUUUUUGAUGUGUACAGAGACAGCAUGAGUAAGGUAUGGUUAAUCGAUUUUAACCCCUUUGGUGAAGUAACAGACUCUCUGCUGUUUACGUGGGAAGAAUUGACAUCUGGGAAGAACUUGAAAGGUGACCAUAGUGAAGGGGAGGCUAUGGAACAGGACUAUCCAGCAUUCCGCUGUACAAACAGCCAAGUGACCGUCCAGCCUAGCCCUUACCUGAGCUACCGACUGCCCAAGGACUUUGUAGAUCUUUCUACUGGAGAAGAUGUUCACAAACUAGUUGAUUUUCUCAAACUGAAAAGAAAUCAGCAAGAUGAUGACUGAGGAACCAUGAAGUGUAAGAUGAAAUUUAAAACAAGAAAUUUGGCUAAUUAAGGCCACAUAAUAGAGUAGCUAUUCAAGAGCCAUCAAUUUAAAGAAUUACCUGCUUUUUAUAUUCAUCUGAAACAACUGAAGAGAUGCUGAUCCAAUGUGUGUAUUGGCUUAAUAAAUACAAAUUUUAGAAAACCA